UUGGGUUUUGUUGUGCUCUGGUUUAUUAGUUAAAUUCAAAUCCAAACUCUUGAAUAUGUUUUAUUGUUCAAAUGAACAAUGUGAAGAAAAUCUUAAGAUGUAUUCAAUGUAGUGUUUAAAUUCUAGAUUGUAAAUUAUAGCAAAAAUAAUGUCUUUAAAUCAGUGGAAAUUAUUUAUACAAUUGAAGGAUGCCAUUUCAAAAUUAUCAAAUGAUAAAACAAUUCCGGCAAAUUUAACAAAGGAUUUCAUGCAGAUUUUACAAAAACUACCACCUUCAAUAUUCAAACAUGACUUAAUGAAGUAUGUUGAUAAUUUUACAAAUCAAAAAUCUGAUAGUAAUGCAGAAGGAUACUUACCAACAGUUAUUAAGGGUAUAAAGCAUAAAAUUGGUAAAGCUAAGGAGGAUAAAGUAAAAGACGUCCCAAAAUGGAAAAAAUCAAAUAUACAGUAUUCUGCCCCCAGUGAAACACAAAGUAUAAUAUUAUCUAUACAAUCUGCAGAAAGUGAUGAGUCACUAGUUCACUGUAUUAACAUAUUAAUCAAGCACAUCCAAGAUUAUCCGGAAGCUAAAAGUCGAGCUAUAAGGUUGGGUGCCAUACGUCUUUUGUUAAGAACAAGAAGAGCCGCAACCAGCGAUGGGGUCCUCAGUAGUGUCAAUGAGUGUCUUGCAGUUUUGGGUUAUGCGAAUCCAGUGCCAAAAAAAGGCAUACGAGUAUUAGCUAUGGAUGGUGGUGGUAUCAGAGGUCUGCUGGUCUUAGAACUGCUGAAGAAACUUGAAGACGUUACAGGAAAAAGGGUCCAUGAAUUGUUUGAUUAUUUUUGUGGAGUCAGUACUGGUGCUAUCUUGGCCUACUCAAUGGCUCUGCAUCAGAAACCUUUAGAUGUAAUAUCAGAACGAUACGAGUCCAUAAGUAGAGAAGUAUUUAAGCAGUCCGCUUUGUGGGGUACUGGAAGUUUGGUUCUCACACACUCAUACUAUGACACCUCAAUAUGGGAAAGGAAACUUAAGGAACAUUUGGGUGAUGCUAAAUUAAUUAGCACUGCAAGAGAUCCAUUUUGUCCAAAGAUAUGUGCCGUAUCAGCAGUGGUGAACCAAACCAGACUAUCAGCUUAUCUUUUUCGAAACUAUUCUUUGCCCUGGCGGUAUCAGUCUGAGUAUCUCGGAAGCAGUAGCCAUGAAGUGUGGCAGGCUGCAAGGGCUUCGUCAGCAGCCCCUACGUAUUUUGAUGAAUUUAAACUUGGCAAUUUAAUUCAUCAGGAUGGCGGCAUUCUAGUCAAUAAUCCUACUGCUAUAGCUCUCCAUGAGGUAAAACUCAUUUGGCCCGAUACUCCCAUUCAGUGCGUUGUUUCAUUUGGUACUGGUCGAACAGUUCCCACUUCAUCAGAUAUGAUAAGUUUGCCGGAAAAUGCAAUAAACACUUCCUGGGCGGGUAAAUUUUACAAAAUACUAGACAGUGCUACUGACACAGAAGCCGUUCAUACAAUGCUAAAUGACCUGUUACCGGCAAAUGUGUAUUACCGUUUUAAUCCGUAUCUCACUGAAAUGGUAAGUAUGGUAGAGACCGAUGAGAAAAAAUUGGAACAACUGAAACGCGAUGCUGUAAUGUACCUAAGAAGAAAUGAGGAUAAGAUUCACGAAGCUGCUAAUGCUUUGGUUGAGGAAAAAACUUACAUUCAGAAGUUGAAGGAUUAUGUAAAUCUACAAAGAGAUAUACAUGGGCUGUAAUAAAAUAUGUGGCAUAAACAGUAUUGUUUUGAAAUUUUGUGUUACCUGUUAUAGUUAUGUUGACGUUCAAAUAUGUUGUAGAUGUUUUUUCCUGUGGUGUUAAAAUAAUUAGAUAAAAAUAAUUGCAGUUAAUAUUUACAAAUUGUUACAAUAUGAUUGAUACAUACAAAAUUAAUUGUAAUUGAAUAGUACGUAAAAUUUAAUAACAUUGUUUUAUUGAUAGUGGUAUAUGUCACAUAACCAGAACACUUAAACAACAGGCAUCUGUUGUGGAUGGAAAGUUAUUUAUCAUAUUUCACAAAAUACAAUAAGGAAAUGUCAUUUUAUUCAGACUUGUAUCCCGUAGGUUUGCGACUGUAUCAAGUACUCUCGAUAGACCGCAGACAGCUUGGAAAAUUGUAACUUCUCAGGUUUUAUAUGUUCUUUUUCACGUGCAAAAAGAUAUAUGGAUGUAUAUGUAAUAUCAAUUGUAAAUUAUUUCGUUUUUUCAUCUGCAUAUAAAAUCAUAUAUUAACACCAUAA